AUGCCCGAGACGACUGAGAAUUCACGAGCUUCAUGGGUCCUGCUUCUAUGGUUUAUCCAGUUUAUGGAGGAGGAGUCGCGAUUAUGGCAGAACAACGUGACUGGGAGUCACUUGGCGGUGUACCAAAGUAAUACGCUCAGGGUUGCCCUUCAGAGGAGGAUUAUGAGCUGGGACGCCAUGCCCGCGGGAUUCAAGAAACCGUACGCCAACACACGGAUGGUCUACCUGGUGGAGCUUCUGGCCAUGCUGGGCGUGUACUGGCUCGAGUUCGACUGGCCCAACGACCGCUGCCUAGCGAGGGGUAUUGGUUUUCUCGUGAAGGGCCAGUCCAUUCCAAACCUAGGCAUCGCUUUCGACUUCAAGAACAUUGGCCAGUGCAACUUUACAGAGAACCGUAUUAUUCCUGUUGACCAGGUUAAGGAGCUUUGCUUCGGCUACGUUCCAACACUUUACCGCAAUUCCAACGAACUGCGAGUUUCUCGUCGACCACAGUUGUCCCAGGAUAGAACGCUGGACACCUUACGACUGUCGAGCCGAAAAGAGAUCGCCAAUACCUUGGCGAAGAUCGGCUGUAAUGCAGUCACGACGAGUUAUAUCCUCCAGGGUAAUCAGAAGGACUAUCACUUGUUUCCUAUUACUUUCGAGAUUAUAGGAAUGUCCGCGAUAUGGGACAACAUUAUACCAAAACAGCCGGAAAGCCUUGUCUUUAGAAGGAUCAACAGGCAUAUCGACAAAAUGCGAGCGAAGAUGGAUAACCUCCCACCGAUUGCUAACAGCGAGGUUGAAUAUCCGCUCUUGAUUCUUCUCCACGAAGCCCUCGAAGAUCUCGAUGAGAUUCUUACAGCCAAGGCCACAUGCACCCAGGCGCGGGACGUCUUGUGCAUCCACCUUCAAGAGGUUCUCCGAUGUAUGAAUGAAAGUUCCAGCAACGACUUGGACCCAAUCCGGAGCAUUGACGAGCCCCGCUUUGAGGACAUCUACACUGCCUCGGCAGAAGACAAGUAUGCCACGUUCAUGAGUGUCUAUUUCAAGGUUGUUCGUCGCAAAGUGGUCGCAGAGGCGGCUGCUCGCUCUCAAAGUCUAACGUACGAGGAAAUCUGGUGCACACUCGUAUUCCGCAUGACGUGCUGGCUCAGGCUGCACGACUUUGACAGACAUGACAUCCAGAUCUGCAAGAGCGAGCUGAUGGGGAGAAGAUUACCGGUAUAUAUCAUGUAA